AUAUUCAAAUGUAAUAAUUUGCAAAGCAUAAGAGUUGAUGAGAGUCCAAAAUUGAAAUAUAUCUUUCCGGUUUCUAUUGCCAAUGACCUAGGAAAACUAGAAGUCCUUGAGGUAUGGUACUGUUGGGCAAUGACAGAGAUUAUUGGUUUGGACAAACAUUCAAGUGAAACUGCUAUCACCUUUAAAUUUCCUCAUCUAAACACAAUAUCAUUAAUAGAGUUGCAUGAAUUGAGGAGUUUCUACUCAGGAAUUCAUACUUUAGAAUGGCCACCAUUGAAGAAAUUGGAAAUAGUCGACUGUAGCAUGCUCGAAGGAUUGACUUCAGAAAUCACAAAUUCAAAAGAGCAACCAAUUGUUUUAGCUACAAAAAAGGCAAUAUAUAACUUGGAAUACAUGUCGGUCAGCUUAAAGGAAGCAGAAUGGUUACAGAAAUACAUUGUUAAUGCUUAUAGAAUGCAUAAACUAGAAGAACUUGCCUUGUAUAGAUUGAAGAAUAAUAAAAUUCUCUUUUGGUUUCUUCAUAGACUUCCCAAUUUGAAAAGUUUAAUAUUAGAACUUUGUCACAUGAAAAGAAUUUGGACUCCUGAACGUCUUAGUUCAUGUGAAAAAAUAGGUGGUAUUGUGCAACUUAAAGAGUUAGAAUUAUAUAACAUGUGGUCUCUAGAGGAGAUUGGUUUUGAGCAUGAUGUGCUUCUUCAAAGGGUAGAACGCUUAAUCAUCUUUGGAUGCAAAAAAUUGAGAAAUCUAGCAUCAUCCUUGGUAUCUUUUAGUUACUUAACAUCCAUAGAAGUGGUGAACUGUAUGAUGAAGAAUUUAAUGACACUCUCAACUGCUAAAUCCUUGGUUCAACUCACAACGAUGAAAGUAAUUUCAUGUCCAUUAAUUGCGGAAAUUGCUGCAGAAAAUGAAGAGGAAAAAGUACAAGAGGUUGAGUUUAAACAAUUAAAAUCAUUAGAAUUGGUGUCUCUACAAAAUCUCACAAGUUUCUCUAGUGUUGAAAAGUGUGACUUAAAAUUCCCACUAUUAGAAAAAUUAGUAGUAAGUGGAUGCCCUCAAAUGACAAAAUUGUCUGAAGUCCAAAGUUCUCCAAAGCUACAAAAAGUACAUGUUGAAGAAGGAGAUAAAGACAAAUGGUAUUGGGAAGGUGAUUUGAAUGCCACUCUACAAACACAUUUCACAAACCAGGUUUCUUUUGAAUAUUCAAAGGAUAUAAAUCUUGUUGAUUAUCCUGAGGGGAAAGUUCGACAUGGCAAAUUUGCUUUUCCGGACAAUUUCUUUGGUUGUUUGAAGAAAUUGGAAUUUGAUGAAGCAUGUAAAAGAGAUACUUUAAUUCCCUCUCAUGUACUACCUUACUUGAAGAACUUAGAAGAAUUGAAUGUGGAGAAAUGUGAAUCAGCACAGAUAAUAUUUGACAUACAUGAGAGUGAAAUCCAGACGAAAAUAUCAAAGGAAUUGUCAGUUUUUCCAAUUUGCAAAGAGUGGAUGUUGAUGGCUGUGGAAGCCUUUUAA